AUGAAGACGAACCGGGCAACUGAAUCUAUCAAGCUCGACCGGAAGACAUUGGAGAGAAAUCGAAGAAUCCACAUGAAAGGACUCUGCUUCAAGCUCGCUUCUCUCAUCCCUCCCCACCAUCUCAAAUACUCACAGGACAUGUUGUCCCAGCAAGAUGCAAUCGUUCAAGCCACAGCGUACAUCAACCAGUUAAAAGGGAGCAUCGAGGAAUUGAAAAUGAGGAAGGAGCUCACGAUGAGGUCCAACGGCUCAAGCAAGAGUGGAAGCGAGCACCCCCCGAGCUUGAUCUUGCCGGUCAUCGAACUGGGGUUCUGGGAUUCCGGUCUCAAGGUCACGAUGAUCAGCGGGACAGACAAGAACUUCACGUUGUCUGAAGCCAUUAGCAUUCUCGAGGAAGAAGGAGCCGAAGCCGUGUACGCUAGCGUUUCCACCGUCGGUGUUAAGGUCUUUCACACAAUCUAUGCUCAGGUGAGACUUCCUCGUAUUGGUGUGGAGACUUCAAGGGUGUGCGAGAGACUGCACAAGUUGGUCUUCUCGUUUUAGCAAGCUGUUGAUGACCACGAAGUUAUACAGUUUGGUCCGCCUCUUUGGUAAUUAAGUAUGUGGCGGUCUGAAAAAUAUGUACCACAAAAAUUAGGUACACGGGGACAAUUGAUG